ACGAAACAAGUGAAAGAAGAUCAGACAAUGUGUGAGCCAAAUUUUUAUCUACCGCAAACGGUUGGCGCUAUUUUCGAAACUGUGUACAGUAGCGCUGAAGUAGAAGCAAAUAGGUCAGAUCGCGUCAAUAAACUACAAAGUGCCGAAUAUGAGACAGACUAUCACAGAGUUCUUCCAUUGAUGUCCUACAAAAAUGCAAAUCACAAGAAAGUUUUGUCCCUGAAAGAGAACGAAUAUUUACGAAUACGUUGGCAAAAGUUUUUAUCCGACAUACCAUCAGAAUAUAUACGCAUUCGUAUUUACAGAGAUCGAGCGAAGAGUCCAAUAAUACCUCGGCGUAUGCAGCUAAACGGACGUUUCUAUGGUGUCGAUAACAAGCUUUCCCCAGUUCCCAUAAUUCCUGACCCAAGAAUCAUUUGA